AAUUUGGGUUCUUGUAUUUUCCCCGGCUCAUUAUAAAGUCGUUUUUACCGGCACAUGGUUUCGAAUCUUUUUCUGUAUAAAUUUGGCGAUUACAUAACAUUUCUUCGAGUGAGCCACGUUUAGUGCCGUUAAAGGUGCAAUGUAGAAUUAAUGCGUGGUAGUGAUAACAAGGAAAUAAGUUAUAUUAAAGCUUCUUGAAUAUUAGUAGGCCAAUUCAGUUUGACCGACAAUGCUAAAAUUGUACAUGAGUAUAUACUUACAACUAUGAAACAUAGUAAACUUCACCUUGUUAUUCGCAAUGAUAAGUUAUUAUUGACCUAUGAAGCAGUUGAAGUUGGUAAAAAAGAAAGAGAUCGUUACCAUGAUGUAGGCUAUGCACUUCGAGUUUUAGCCAAGUUAUUGUUGCAGUACAGAAAACAGUUUAAUGCAGAAGAUGCAUCUGCCAAAGAUUUAGUCAAUACAAAAAACUAUGAUAACAUUGUUUCUUCUAUGAAAGUUUGUGCAGAUUAUUGUGGACCAAGAAAAAUUGGAAAUCCUCAUCUUGUUUUAAUAAUAGGAUAUUCAUUAAAAACUUUAGCUAUAAUAGUCAAAUUAGAGUACCUGAAAUUAGGAUUACAAGACAUGGUUGAAAACAUUCGAAAUUUUUUAGAGCUAUUGGAAUCAGACUACAGUAUUUUUUUAAACAAUGCGCGUAGUGUAUAUGAUUUACGAAAAGCAAAUGCACCAGAUAUGUUGCCAGAAGAAAGUGACAUUAAAGUUUUAAGAAAUUAUUGUGUUAGUGAAAUCAGCAAGUAUUUAAACAAUACGAUUCUUACAUCUAAUGAAUAUAUUCAUUUGUGUAAACUUACUUAUGUAAGAAUACUAACAUUUAAUGCUAGGCGAGGUGGAGAACCUGGAAAGUUAACAUUAGCAGAUUGGGAUAUGGUAGAAAAAGCCAGGUGGAAACGCCAAACUGACAUAGAUGCUUUAGAUGAUCCGAUAGAAAAAAAGGUUCUUCUGUAAAAGCAUUAGUUCCGAUUAUUUUUACUGAGGAAGUUGUUGGUGCAAUCAGACUAUCAAUCAGCUCAAGGCAAUAUGCUAAUAUUUCUCAUAAAAAUAAUUAUGUGUUUGCCCGUGGUACAGGCUGUUUUAAACUACGUGGUUGGGACGCGCUGCAAUCUUUAACAAAAAAGCUUAAUUUAUCGAAGCCAAAGCUUAUUACGCCAACUAGAACUAGAAAGUAUUUGGCAACCAUUCUGCAGUUGUUAGACAUUAAUAAUGCUGAGCUUUUGUGGCUCACAAAUCACAUGGGGCAUACUAAAGAUGUUCAUCAAAAUUAGUAUCGACUCGAGGAUUCUACUAUUGAAUUAACAAAAGUAGCAAAAGUUCUUCUUGCUAUGGAUAAUGGCGAUGCAAGGUGCAUUCAAAAUAAGAAAAUCGAUUCACUAUUACAAAAUAGUUUUGAAGGUAUUGGGAUAUCAAAUGUUAAUACAGGAGGAAGUGCUAAUGUUUGCACUUAUUCAGAUGAAGAUGUUGGAGAUGCAAAUAGCAAUGUUUUAGAUAAAAAUAGCAAUGUCAUUGAAAAUGAAUUAAUUAAUGUCGAACGUAAAAGAAUACAAAAUAAAAGACUAAACAUGCACAAAGAGUCAAAAAAAACUUGGAAAGGUUGGUCGGAAGAAGAAAACGCAUCACUUUGUAAAGCGUUUUCGAUAUAUAUCACGAGAAAGAUUCCGUGUCCGCUUCUUGAUGUUAAAAAAAUUAUUGAAAGUAUACCUUGUCUUCGAAGAAAAGGGCAUAAGAUUGUUAAAGACAAAUUAAACAAUAUUAUUAGAAAGAGAUGAUUUAUGCGUGUUUAUUUAUUUAUAUACAAAUAAUGGUGUUUUGAAGUAGUUAUGUUGAAAUCAAGUUUAUUAACGUUGAUUAAAUAUUAUAUAAUUAUUUCAAGUGUAUUAUCAUUUUAAGUGUGUAUAAAAAGAUCAGUGUUAUAUUUUGAAUAUAUAUCAA